UCUGUCAAAUCCACCACCAACAAAUUUCCAAAAAAAAAAAAAAACCUCUCUGCCAACGACUCGGUGUUUCCAUUCAUCCCCUCCUUCCAAAUCUCUUUCCCAUGUUGUUUUUGUUUUUGUUUUUGUUUUUGCUUUUUUUCCAAUAUUUUUUAACAAAAGUCACAAAACAAAACCCAGAUUCAGAUUUUUCUUUAUUUUCUUUUUUCUUUUUCACCAUAACAAAAGUCCCAAAUUUUUUUUUUUUUUUUAUCUCUCCAUCCUGGGACCACACUCAAAAUCUCCAACAAGAUAUUUUUUCCUGGCUUUUCACUUUUGUUUUCUAGAAUUUAAUUCCUGGUCCUAGAUUUCAACCUCUUCUUUUAUUAUGGUAUUCUUCUUUUUUUCCAUAUAGUUUGAAAAAAGAAACACUUUUUUUCAUGUUCACGUUUUCUUGCAAACCAUAAAAACCCAACAAAAAGGACUUUUUGUGUUCAUAUUUUCUUCUUCUUCUACUUCAUCCUCAAGAGUGUGCCUGUUUUCUCUAAAUUCGGUGUGAUUUUCUCAGAUAAUUUUUUUUUUCUCAAAAAAAAAAAAAAAAAAAAGGAAAUGGCAAUUGAAUUCUGUUCAGAAAAAUCUGCAGACAUAAGGGUAAGUCCUAGAAUUUCAUUCUCUUAUGAUUUUUGCCAAUCUGAUAUUGUUGUCCCAGCUGUUUCAGAAGAAGAACAACAACAUCCUCCGAGAUCAAAUUCAAACAUAGAAUUUGAUUUCUGCGUCCGAGAAAGUUUCGAGCUUGAAUCUUCAUCUGCCGAUGAACUUUUCUCUGAUGGGAAAAUUCUUCCUACAGAAAUCAAGAAAAAAAUUACUACUACUACAACUGCUACAGCUUCCUCUGGUUCACCAGGACAACAAGUAGUAUUGGAUCAACAACAAGAACAAGUAGUUGUUAUACCUCAACCUCCAUUGCCACCACCACCACCACCACCACCACCACCACAAGCUCAAGCUCCUGAUGAUGAUGAUGAUGAUGAUAAUAACAACAACAAGAGCUUGAAGAAAGACAAUGAAGAUGAUGAUAAACAGAGUUCAAAGUCAUUUUGGAGGUUUAAACGAAGCAGUAGCUGUGGAAAUGGCUAUGGAAGAAGAAGCUUAUGUCCUCUGCCUUUGUUAUCUCGAAGCAAUUCAACAGGUUCUGCAGAUUCUACACCAAUUUCCAAACGUUCAUCAUCAUUAUCAUCCAAAGACGUUAGGCACAAUUCCCAAAGAAAUCUAAGGCUUUCAUCAUCACUAUCUUCUUCUUCUUCUUCAAGUAGUUAUCAAAAACCUCCAUUAUUGAAGAAAAGUGGCCAUCAUCAUCAUCAUCAUCAUGGAUCUUAUACAAAUGGGGUCUCAAUAAAUCCUGUUUUGAAUGUUCCACCAGCUAACCUUUUUGGUUUAGGUUCAAUUUUCUCGAAUGGGAAAGAAAAGGGCAAGAAAAAGUGAUAAUCUUUUUCACAAUUGGAAAAAAAAAAAAAAAAAAAGAUUUAUCUAAUCUAAGUGUUUUCUUGAUUUUCCGUAUUUCAUGAUUAGAAAAUUUAUAUAUUGUUAUGAUACCAAAGAGUGAAAAAAAGGGGUUUUGGAUUCAAGAAGACAAGAGAGAUAAAACGUUGUUGCCCCAAAGGAAGGGACAAAGAAAGGUAUAAAUCCAAGCCACAUGCUUUUGAAGCACAAAAUGACAGAUUACCAUUACUUU